AUAGUUGUAUUUGUAUGUAUAUGUUUUGUUCGUUCAGUAGCCUGUUGGCAUGAUCUGGAUAACAGCGAGUAUGACUGCUGGCCUCUGGAGAAACCUGAUGAGCUGAACAUGAUCGAUGCGGAGGUGGGGUUAGAGAUGUCGUGGGUGGUACGCCCUCCAGAAGAGGUGGUCAGUGGAGAUGUAUUUAGUGUGACCUACUCUGUUACGGCUCAGGACAGCUUCUACCAGUGGGCUAUGGACCACGACAUCUUCCCACACAGUUCCGUCAGCUCGGCGACAGCAGCCAGGGUGUUCUGUGAGAGCCACGACUGUCCUGCCAACUGGAAGGAUUGUAACGGAGACAACUGCUGUAUACACCAUGCUAAUAUACACUCCUGUCCCCUGGGAUUCAUGACGACAGAAAGGAUCUGUGGACCGUGGAUCCCUGACGACGGUCGGAUCUUCACACACACUCUAUCUACCGCUGGCAAGAUGACUCAAACCAACUGGACCGCUAAGGUGGUGCUGGUCCAUGCUGGGCUGACCUCUCUCAUAGCUCAUAUCAGAGUGGGACGUAUGCAGGUAGCACUGGAGGCGAAGACCACUGUCCUGCCUGUUAUAGUGUGUGGUGAUGGGGUGUGUGAUGAAGUGGAGGAGGUGUGUUCAACCUGCCCAGCUGACUGUGGGGAGUGUCCCAUGACGGCUGCUAUCAAAGUAGCCAUCGGACUGCCUGUUACCAUAGUGUUCAUUAGCUUCAUCAUUACAGCCACGUGGUUUAAAUACCAGAAACAGAAGAUGCUUUGGGAUGAGAGCUGGAUCAUUGACUUCAGGCAGAUCAAACACGACCAGAUAACCAGGACUACUAUGGGCAGUAUCCUGUCUGCCCCUAUUGCUAACAGUGAUUCCAACGCCAGCUGUGUCACUGCUCUCAGCUCCUGUACAACCCAGGCUAACUCACGCAAACAACUGUUCACACACACUGGGAUAUAUGAUGGAAGGACGGUGGCCAUCAAGCGGAUUCAGACCAAGACCUUUUCUCUGUCCAAGACCAUCAGACGAGAGGUCAAGCAAGUCAGGGAACUGGACCACCCUAACCUGUGUAAGUUCUUUGGAGGUUGUGUGGAGAUUCCUAACGUAGCCAUCAUCACAGAGUACUGUCCUAAAGGAAGCCUGAAUGAUGUCCUGAUGAACGAUGAGAUACCACUCAACUGGGGAUUCAGGUUCUCCUUUGCCACAGAUAUAGCCCGGGGAAUGUCCUACCUCCACCAACACAGGAUCUGUCAUGGCCGCCUCAAAUCACUCAACUGUGUUCUGGAUGACCGCUGGGUCUGCAAGAUCACUGAUUACUGUCUGACCAUCUAUCGAAGGGAGGAUGCAGCGGAACCCCUGUCAUCCUAUCAGAUGAGACUGAGAGAGGUGUACACGCCCCCUGAGUGCCAAACAUCCAACCAGGAACCGACUCUGCCCGGGGACGUCUUCAGCUACUCUAUAAUUCUGCUGGAGAUAGCCACUCGCAGUGACCCUGUCCCGGUUGAGGACAGUUCUCUCGAGAGUGCUUGGUGCCCCCCACUCCCAGAACUAAUCUCCGGCAAGGCCGACAACACCUGUCCCUGUCCUGCAGAGUACGUCGAGCUCAUCAGAAGGUGCCGGUCUCAUAACCCAGUCCACCGGCCCACCUUCGAGCAGAUCAGGAAGUUCGUCUACCGGAUCAACCCCAAUAAAGUUAGCCCUGUGGACAUGAUGAUGAACCUGAUGGAGAAAUACAGUAAGCACCUGGAGGUCCUGGUAGCAGAGAGGACCCAGGACCUGAUGCAUGAGAAACAGAAGACUGACCGACUGCUCUACAGUAUGCUCCCGAAGCAGGUAGCUGACGAUCUGAGGCAGGGGAAACCAUUGCAGGCCCAGAGUUAUGUGAGCGCUACUGUCUUCUUCAGUGACAUCGUAGGGUUCACCCACCUCUCCAGCACCAGUACUCCUUACCAAGUGGUCGACUUCCUCAAUAAGCUCUACACGACUUUUGAUGACAUCAUUGACAACUAUGACGUGUACAAGGUGGAGACCAUAGGGGAUGCCUACAUGGUGGUGUCUGGGAUACCCAGGGAGAACGGGAUCCAGCACGCAGCAGAGAUCUCCAGCAUGGCUCUGGACCUGGUCGGUGUGUGUCGGACCUUCAGGAUACCACACAAACCCAACACACAACUACAGAUACGGGCCGGGAUACACUCAGGUCCAGUGGUAGCCGGUGUGGUCGGGACCAAGAUGCCUCGCUACUGUCUGUUUGGAGACACGGUCAACACCUCCUCUAGGAUGGAGUCCACCAGCGAAGCCCUCAAGAUUCAGGUCAGCUCCAGUACAUUCUACCUCCUAGAGGAGAUAGGAGGAUACCUGCUGCAAUGUAGAGGGAUGCUGCAAGUCAAGGGUAAAGGGGACAUGGUAACCCAUUGGUUGGAAGGGAAGCUGCCUCUCCAGCCCAGUAAGGACCCUGGUGUGAAGGACCCCAUUAAGGACCCCAGCACUAAGGUGGCCAGCAGGAAGCCUACAUCCAGUAUGACUCAGCCUGACCUCUGA